AUAUGAGGCAUCCAUGAUCCAUCAAGAGAUUGGCGUGCUAGUUUCGUCGAAAGUGCAAAUGUCCAACGAAACAAGGGUCAAACCAUAGUCCAAGGAUCAAAAGCAGUGCCUCCGCCUCCUGCCUCCAACAAUCCACGGUCAGGGUAGCCGCCUCCUGCCUGUCACUUCGUUUAGCUCCUACUCGGCGUCAGCGCCUCCGCAUCCGCGCUCCAGGUGCUCGACGAGAUGCCGAAGAGAGCCUUCAGAUACGCUGUGGUCGAUGCGUUCACGGGCGAGCCGUUCAAGGGCAACGCCGCGGCCGUCUGCCUGCUGGAGGAUGGCGCCGGCGACGGAGGAGAGCCUCUGGACGAGCGGUGGAUGCAGGCGGUGGCGGCAGAGUUCAACACCCCCAUCACCGCGUUUUUGGCCCGUUCCGGUCCCACCGGCGCCGGCGCUGCCGAGUUCCGUAUCCGCUGGUUCACUCCGGUUCGUGAGAGUGAACUCUGUGGGCAUGGAACAUUAGCUGCUGCACAUUACUUGAUUGCAUCUGGCCUUGUGGAGUGUGAUGCUAUAGAGUUCAUGGCAAAAUCUGGACGUCUAACAGCUAAGAAAGUCACUCUAUCGGACGAUGCAAGUCCUUCUGCAGAACAUUGUUCAAAGUUCAUGGUAGAAUUGGAUUUUCCUGUUAUCCCGGUGGCAAAGUGCAAUUCUGCAGAGACAUUACCAAUUCCUGAUACUUUAAAUGGCGCUUCGGUUAUGAAUGAGCUGCAAACUAUCUCUGCUUUUUCUGACCUCAUUGUGGAAGUUAGUUCAUGUGCUGAAGUUGAUAAUGUUUGUCCUAACAUUGCUGAGUUAGUCCAGUGUCCUGGAAGAGGCGUCGCCGUUACAGGGCCAGCUCGUGAAGGAUCGAGUUAUGAUUUUGUCACCCGUUUCUUCAGCCCAAAAUAUGGAAUAAAUGAGGUGAUAUGGCAUCAAGAGAUAAAUCUUGCUGAGGGAUGUGUUUGCCAUAGCUAGAGGUGGCAUCCGUGUUGCCUCUUCUAGCGAUGGCCAAUGACGUGGGCGACGACAUCAUAUAAGUUGAAGCCUUCCUCAAUGCUAGCUCCUUCUCAUACCAUGUGAUCCUCGUUUCCUAUCAAUUUUUCCUUUUGUUUUCAUACUAAUGAAGAGUUCCUUCUAUUCUAUUCAUCAUGAAUUUUAAUUUCCAUACAGAAACUGAGUCACAGUAAUCCAUAUACGUCUGCAACAAACUUGAUCUUUUUCACAUUUUCCAUUCUUAUAUAUUCUUAUAAUACAUUUAUCAGUUAUAACUUGCAUCUAUGCUUAAAAAACAAUAUAUAUUUUUUCCUCAUUAAACUGAUUAGACUUGAGUAUUUUGUGAGUCAAGCCGAUAAAAUACCAGACUAAUUUGGGGUCUAAACUUCGCACCUAGUCCUGUCCUAUGGGUAACUUUCGGACUGAGCUUGAGCUUUCCACUAUUUCUUGGUUAAAUAUGAAUAAUAAUUAACUUAUGAUGUCGGCCAUGCUCUCGUGAUGCUAAACUUCUUAAGCCUGGUUUUCUCUGACUAAUCCUGACCAUACAAAGGUAUGGGUGGAGCAAGACCCAAUGGACUUGAGUAGGGCCUAAAAUGCUUAGGUUUACCAUUAAUGUAAUAUUUUCUUGUCCCUCAACAUUAACAUGGUCGCUUGAUGUUUUUAUGUUAAACUUUAUGCAGUAAGUUGAUAGAUCUGAAUAUCGAGAUUUUAUUUAUUUAUUUAUCUAUUGACUAAUUAUAUUCUACACACAUUUUUUAUCUAAGUAAUUUGCUUGGAAAUACAACUUUUCACUAUGUUUCUUUCCAAUAUUGUUAUUUAAUACAUGUAUUUGAUAUGGAUUUUUUAUUUUUACUAUUUGCUUCUAAAUUUAUUUAGAAUACUACUAUCUUUCCUUUUAUUGUAAUUUUGAAUUUAGCUAUUGACUGGUCAUACUCAAGAUGAAUUCUUAGGAUUAAUCUAGAUAAUUAGAGCAUCAUACAAAAUCAAUUAUGUACGUUAUUUCUUUCUCGAUUAGCAUGGUAGCUUCAAGUCAUAUUUCAAAUAUCAAAUUUACCUAUUGACAAAUUUUAUUGAAUAAGAGUUAUAGAUAAGUAAUUCCCUAUCCAAUAUUGUUGGAAAUCAAAUACCAAUUUAUAAUAUUUUAAUCAAAAAAUUAGUUAUUUAUUAAUUGUAUUUUUCAUAGACUCUACAUUCAGCUAUGUUUCUUUCCAAAUUGUAUACAAAUAAACUACUAUUUUUUUAUUUUCUUAAUUCUUAAUUUAUCUAUUUAUUAUCCUCAUUCAUCAUGAGCUCUUAGCACAACUUCAUAUUUCCUUAUUCUUCUAAAAAACCUUUAAUUUUUUGUUUAUUAAUAUUAUUUAUAUGAGCUCUUAGGGGUGCCGGCUCAGUCUUCGAAGACCCUCAUAGGGGUAGGGUUUGCGUACGUGUGUUCAUAGGGUGUGAGUGUGCAUGCGUUGUGAGUGUCUAAGUUGUACUGUGUAAUCUCAAAAAAAAACUACUAAGUUUAUUAAUUUAAUUUCUAAAUUUAUUCAUGAACUCUUUUAGUUACUGCGGACUAUUGUUAUAUUAAAAUCCAUCGAUGUGUAUUA